AUGAGCAGGGCGGCGAGAGGCCUGCUGCUGUACGGCGCGCUGGUGGCGGCCCUGCUGGCCAGCUACGGCGGCGUUAAGCGGCUGCUCGGUUGGGGGAGGGGCACAUGGGGAGGCGACGCCCUCUGCCUGUUGCUCCAAAUUGGGUGUAGCAAAGGAGGGAAGAACGAAGCCGGGGAGAGGCCGCGCAGUAAAAAUGAACACCACGCAGCGCUGCUGCACCGAAUUAACGCAAACAAAGUGAGGAAGCUCUCCGACGAUGAGCAAAACAAAGACUUGCUGCCGUACGUCAAUUUGGGAAAUGGAAACCACACGGUGGUGAAUCUGUUUGACUACUUCGUUCGGGGAAAGAAGAGAGAUAAUGGGGACAACGAAAUAUUUGUAAAUCACAUUAUGACCCUACACAGGAUCGUAGUGAUAUGCUUUAAGCCGACUCUAAAUUUCUCUCACAUCAUUACGCAGCCUAGUGAUGCGGUGCACAAGCUUAUAAAAGUAGGUGAGGGGGAAAUAUUAACGACGAAGGAGUACCCCGUUUUGUUUUAUAGGGAUGAAGCUAGCUGGGGGAUGAAGAACGUCUUGUCGACUGGAAUCAUAGAAUUCUUUGCCCCUCCAUUUACCAGAACAGUUUCGGACAUAGUCGUUAGAUGUGCCAACACAGAAAUAAAUGAGACGUAUACCUUUGAGGAUGUGAUUAAGAUCCGCAUUCGCAUCCCACGCAGUAGCGAGAAAAUACUUGGGGUGAGCACCGACCCGGAGGAUAGGGAAUUCUUCGAAAGGAUUGUGGACGAAAAUGUAGAUGAUUACGAAUUUGGGAGCUUCAAAAAUAGGGUUCUAGGGUUCAAGCUGGCAGAUGCGGAUCUAGAUCCUGAAAAUUGCUUCAAGACGGUUUACGACGGGGAGAAGAAGCUCUUGCUCGAACUUGAGUACCAGUUUUCUAGGUGCCUAAUAUUGGAUAGACCAGACUUCAAACUGCGCUUCUUCUACAUCAAUGAUAAACACUUUGAAGAUGAAAUCACCUUCUCCUGCUCAUUCACUUAUAAGGGGAAGAAGAAGAAGGCCACCUUCGGGGAGGACGAAGUCGCCCCCAACACGGACGCCUACAUGAUAGACACAGAUAAGAAGGAGUUUCAAUACUUUAAUGGAGUCCCCUACAAAGUGUGCCAUUUUGAAUACGACGAGGGGAAAAAGGAAUCCACACAGGUGUGUGAAAGGACGAUCGACGAGUUCUCCCUCUUCAUGUAUAACUGCGAAACCCCGGCUAGUAGGCAGGUCCUGGAAGAGCCAGUCAAAACGAUCCGGUACCUAAAUGGGACCCACGCGCUGGAAGACUUCAGUGAUAUUACCUUCUUCUCUAAAGAUGUGCAUAUAGAAAACCUGCGCUGGAAAUUCCCAGACUAUAAAUAUUUCAUGACGGCCUACAUCAACCACGGGCCCCACCCCCUCAUCAUCGAGUGCGUCAUUCCGAAUAAGGCCAAAGAUAAGUUUCAAAAGGGGAACAUUCUUCUGCAUGUGAAAACUAACUUGAAGGACAAGACGGUCUCCUUCUGCGAUUUUAAAAGCUCCAAAUUGUAUGACUAUCUUAAUGCGUAUAUCAAAGGGGACGUCUGCGAAAUUAAUGUAACGUCGAAUAGCAGCUUCGGAUUUAGGUGCCCUGAUGGGACGGUUAAGAAGCCCAGUUUGUGCUUCACCGAGAUGUAUUAUCUGGGCUACCUCUACAGGUUAGGAGAUCUUUUCGCGCAAAAUAUUGUCAUCUACUCUUAUAAGGACCCUAGUCUCUCCUUGGCUGCCUUCACCAGUAGUCUCAGCAGAUCCUACUCCGUAGAAUGCUUCUGCGUGCAGAAGGGAGAUCAAAAUAAGAUUGAAAAGAGAGUGAUUGUGAAUUAUGUAAAUGAAGACCAACUGUAUGAUUAUAACCCCAUUCCGAAGGUGGCCUACCCCUCGGUGGUAGCUCACCCGAUGAGGACCCACCUCUGCGAUUUUAUGGGAAACAACCCUGCCCUUAAGCCAACGAGGAAGAAGCCAGUGAACUACAUCUGCGACGUUUUCCCCAAGCCGAUGGAAUACAUCGCUCUGAACUGUCCUACCAAUCUGAUUGACGAGCAGAAUGAGAAGAUCCUUUCCGAUUUGCUCUACCAAUAUGGCACUCCAGGGAUAAAGGAGCAGAUAAGGGCCUUUGGAAAGAAGAGGAAUAACUACUCCAAGUCCUUUCACCUCCCGAAGGCAGCACCCGCUUUUGUGAUAAACCGAUACAUGCAAAAUGUGAAGACCAUUGACGAAAUGAUCCCGGGGGUUCUAGUCCAAGACACCGUUCGGAUCAAAAUAGCUAGAAUAAAAAAGACAGAUGCAGGGGUGGAAGACCCUUCGCUACCACCAGACGAAAGUGACGAAAUUAACCAGAUGUAUGCCGCUCAUUUGGGACUCCCCAACAGUAUUCACCGCGGACUCUUUAUCUUUCAACUCCCCCCUUUCAUAAAACGAAAUGCCGUCAUAGAAUUCGCCUGCAUAAAUGAUAAAACGAAAAAGAUGGGCAACACAGGGAACAACGGAAUCAUGUCUGUGCACCUCAGAAUGGAAGGAAGCGAAGUCCACGGAUGCCACUUCUACAAGGGUAAAGAAGAAAACAGCAUUUUAAAGAAAAAGAUUAAAGUGGGUUCCGGCCAAGAGUGCUCCGUGCAAAGUAAUGGCGAAAUUGAGUACAUUGGAAUUAUAUGCCCGGUUCAAAACGGGUUGUAUCUGACCCCCCCUGGGUGCUUCCAAACGGCCUACGACAGUUCAGAUGCGCUUGUCCAGCUGAGUAGCUACGAUGGGGACUUCAAAAACUUCAGCAACGAUAAGGGGGUCUCCUAUUUGAAGAUCCCACAGAGCUUCGUCGGCCACCUGAGCAUCUUCUGCUACUGCAAUGAGGAGGCCCCACCAUUGGUGGAAGGGGUAGCCGCGUCCCUAGGGGCCCCCAAAAAGGAGAACCUAAUGAACGUCGAGCUGAACACCUCCAAUAGGGGCAUCACCAAUUUGCAGAAAAUAGACCACCUGUUCGAGGCGGACUUCCUCAUCGGGAACGAGUUCACCAACAGGAGACCCACGCCGAUACUGCGGAAGAAGCACAUCUGCGACUUUACGCGGGAGGACAGUUCCCUGGCCCCUCGAGAUGAACUGCCUGGCAUCAACUCCUGCUUCGUCGAUUUGGAGGAGAACCUCAGCCUCGUGGAGGUGCGCUGUCCGAGGAAUGCAAACUCACCGGGGGCCUCCCGCUUCAGCACUGUGCGGGGGAUGCACAGCGUUGGGAGUGUUGCCCGCACCGCUGUGGGGGGGGCUCGCUAUGGUAACCACGGUGGCUUCCUUUCAGAUGAUCACCUCCUCACCGAGGAAGAGCUGAGCAAAUACAAGCACAUCAAAUACGUGCCGGAAGAACUCGAAGACGUAGUCCACCUGAACAGCAAGAAGAAGCUGCAAGACAUCCUCCCAGGGACGAUUAUCCUGGAUGGGAGCAAAAAGUUUGGGGAGAAGGGCCGGUUCACCUUCAUCACCCCGCUCAUCGUAAAAAACGACAUCAUAAUAAAACUCUUCUGCGACAACUCCGAAACGGUGAUGGGGAAGAAGAGAGGGAAAAAAGGAGUCGUCGUGGUGAAAAUCCCUAAAAGGGUAACGAAAAAGAGAUUCUACGGAUGCGACUUCUCCGGAAACGCCAACAAGACAUUUUACUACUCCGAGGUGCACUCCCUCACGAGCGACAAUAAGGAGUGCCACGUCAAGUUAAAGGAAAACAUCAUCGUCAGUUUGAACUGCCCCAAUGGGAAAAUCAACCCAAAAAACUGCUUCCAUAAUGUAUAUAUAAGGAGCACCAUGGAUCAGGAGAACGUAGAAAGUGUAGAAAAUAUUUUUAAAAACGUUAAGGUGAUUAACACAAAUUACUUGUUGAAGAACUCGUCCGCUUUUUUGAUCAUCUCCAAGAUGAGCCACACGAAGGACCUCAACUUUUACUGCACCUGUGAGGACUACGACAGUAAGAACGUGGGCACUAUAUUCCUGAGCCUGCCCGGCAACCCGGCUCAGAACCCGUCCCACAACCCCGCUUCUACCUCUGAGAGGAAGCUAAUUCUUGACGUCCCCCCGUACUACGCCAAGGACACCUACGUUUGCGAUUUCACCGAGCAGCAUUACACCGUUGUGAAGCGCUCCCAAGUAGAUGUGGAGAAGCUCCUCAACAGGUACUUGCAAAACAUCCUCUCCUACCAACACGAUGAGUUCACCCACUUCAGCUUGAACUUUAAACUGAGGAAGGAGGUCAUGAAGAAGCAGUACAUAGAGUAUGUUAAGCGGCAAAUCCAGCACUACAGGGAGAACCCUCCCAUGGUGGAGAGCUACCCUGACCAUACCCUCGUCUACAAAUGUAACAUAGACCUAAGUGCCUUCGACAAAGUGGCAAUUAAGUGUCCCCCAAGGCAAGCGGCGGGGGGGGGGAGUGGUUUGCCCCCUUCUAAGGGGACACAACCUAGUGGUGCACCCCGUCUGAUGUACACGUCCAGCUUGGGCAACGACCCCAGCUCCUUGGUCAAAGGGCUAAACAGCCUGCUCUUCGGAACCAUCAUUGUUAACAAAACGAACGAAAAGAACGUCUCCUUCUUCGAGAAGGGGGAGAUCGAACUGAUUAUAUCUCCCUACGCGGAUUCGUCCAAAAAUCUAAGUUUUUCCUGCGAGAACAUGGGGGAAGACGGGGCCAAUCGAGUCAUCGGCUAUACCUCCAUUUUUGUGAAAAAAAACAGCAACAAAAUUCUGGGCUGCGAUUUUAUAGACCCUUCCGAUGUGGGCACCAGCCAGGUGAACCCACCCACGGGAGGGGGGACCACUCCACAUCGGAACAACUCCUUCGAAUUUGAGAUCGAACUAGUGGAGGGCAAAAACAUAUACUGCAACAUCGAAGCUAUAGAGAACGACGUCGUCGGGUUCAGCUGCCCACAUAACUUCCUCACUGCACCGGAAAAUUGCUUCGAGUCGGUGCAAAUCGAGGGGGUAGACAAGGAACUAGAAACGCAUAAGUUAGAAAAGCUACUCAAAGGGGUGCACAUCCUCAAAAACAAAAUCUACGAUGUUAAUUACACCCCGUCGUAUGUUAUCCUCCCCAAGAAGAUUACCAAAUCGAUGAAAAUCUUCUGCACGUGUAACUCCGUGAAGCUCAUAAAAACAGGCAUCAUCCAAAUUAACAUCAUCGGGGAUGACUUGAACAACUGGUUUAAGAAGGAGAUCACCCACAAUGUGUUUGCCUUCGAGCGCGCCAGCUACUUCUACGACUUCUCCUCCGGCCCGCUCAACAUCAGCUCGGAGAAUGUGCUGGACAUAGACGCCCUCCCCAUGGGGAAGCGCCAGCGCCUGCAGGGGGGGGGGGCAGACUCGCACGAAAAAGCCACGCAGGGGGGCGCCAACAGAUCUGCCAGCACCACCGUGGAGCUGCUCAACCUCGGAGAGGAUGACGAAGCGGAGGAAGACGAUACGGACGAAGCGGACGAAGACGAUACGGACGAAGUGGAGGAGGAGAACGUGCUGAACCCGAUGCGGACGAAGCAGGUGCACGAAAUCACCGUGGCGGCGUCCGAAUUCAGCUCCGUGAAGGUCGUGUGCCCCCUGAGGAACGCCCAGCACUUCAGGCAGUCCAAAAUCAGCCCAGAAAAUUUCUUCGAAUAUGUGUAUGUCGUGGAGGGCGCCAAAAAAGACGAGCGGAGCGACGCGGAGAAGGAGAAGCUAGUCAUCGAGCUGGUGCAGGGGAAAGUGAAGGACUCCCCAGAUAGCGGCGGACCUGCAGAUGGUUCCAAAAAAAGAGAAAACGAAAAGGAUAAAGAUAAAGACGAAAUGAAAAUAGAUUACGACGAAAUGGGGAACAAAAUAAUCGUCGCUUUAAAAACGGAGAGACCCAAAGCAACAAUUGAAGAUGCAAAAAAAUUGGACCAGCCCUCCGAUCGGGAGGAAAAAACAAAAAAGGAUAUCCUAACCAUAAAGAAUAUAGACGACGUCAUCAAAUUUGUUAAUCACGAAAGGGAAGUCAGUGAAAACACCUACGCAGGGACGAUUCAUUUUUCUCCUCUCCUUCUGAACGAUGCCAAGUUUUUUAUUUCUUGUGAUAAUUCCCUAACAUUAAAUGAAAGUAGAAGAGGAAAAACGGGGAUCGUCAAAGUUGUGGUGAAGCCCAAUUAUGUGAACAUAUAUGGGUGCGAUUUCGUUGGGGAUUAUUCCACCCAUUUUUCUUUCAGCCAGAAAUGGGAAGACGUCCCAAAGAAUUACGUGUGCGAAGUACCAGUGGAGGAUGACUCCAUUGUGGGGCUUGCCUGCCCCUCAUACACCAAACUGCAUCCGUCAGAUUGCUUUGAUAGCGUCAUCAAAGAGAACGUCGUGCAUAAGAAGGACUCUUUUAUAGAAGCGGUUAACAUGUUCCUAUACAAACAGAGGAACAAACCGAUUCUCUCCUUCAUCCAGGUGAAACGCAUCUUCGCUAGCCACUUCUCCUGCAAAUGCUACCACGCUGCCAAGGGGGACUACAAGGAGGUCACCAUCAAAAUUAACUACGAGCCCUACGUCAUGGGCGCCCCCCGGAAGGGCCUCGGCGGCGCCGUCGUCCACUACCGCGACGCGGACCUGCCGCUGCCCUCGGGCCACCGCGGAUGA